AUGGUGUCCUUUAGUUGUGACCAGUGCGCUGACGUUAUCAAGAAACCUAAACUUGAUCAGCACCGUAUAAAGUGUCCUGUUACCACGUUUACUUGCAUCGAUUGCUCUAAAACGUUUGUAGGAACUAGUUAUAGGUCUCACACGAGUUGCAUUAGUGAGGCAGAAAAAUAUCAAAAGGGAACGUUUAAGGACAAGAAAAAACAUGAUCAGGAUAAGCCAAAGUUAUCCCAAGAAAAAGAAAAAAACCUCUCUGAAGAACAGCAAAAGCCCAAAACUAAAAAGAAACGUAAAAAAGGAUCAGAUAUAUUGACGAGAAAGCGCAAAACUAACAAAAUAAUCAAGGGACAAAAUCGUAAUA